CCCGCCAGAGGCUCAGGCUGCCCGGCUGGGGUCUCUCGUGUCCCUUUAACGGGGCAGGGCUGGCUGGGGGAGGGGCGCAUGCGCGGGGAGCGUCUCUCUGGCUCCGGGCGUGGAGCGGAGCCGGCGGCCGCGCUCGGUGUAGCCCCCGGGCGUGUGAUCCCAGCGCGCGGCUCGGGCAGCCGGAGCCGAGGUGCCGCCUGGGCUCGCGCCGCGGCAUCAGCGCUCCCGGGACAGCCUCGGCCAGCAGCCCGCCAGCCAGCCAGCCAGCCAGUCCGGCCGGGCCCGCGACGGGGGGGGCUUUGUUACUCCGCGUGCAGCAGCUGCCGCAGCCCACUGCCCAGCCGGUUCUCCUCGCAGCAGCAGCCAGGGGCCGCCGCGCCUUUGUCUCCUGUCCCCCGGUCUCUGCAGCCUCCUGCCCGGCAACCUCACCAAGAGCCACCCCCAGGACUGCGCUCCCUCCGCUCUCCGGCUCCAGCAGCUGGGAGCAGCUUCCUCUUCCCACGGCAGGGGGGCUGAAGCCCUGGCCGCCUGCCCCGGUGCAUUGUGACCCCUCCUGAGCUCAGCAGCCCCCACCCGGAGCAGGCAGGAGCUUGGACUGAAAGCGGAGAUGGCAUUUGAGGCCGGUAUCCAGAACUGCCCCGGGCCGGCUCGCUCCUGGAAGCAACAAAGCCUAGCGGUCUGAUUGCCUUAUUUUGUGGCCACUUGCUUUUGUUUGGGUCUAAUGGUCUUACUGUCUAGGGUAGCUGCAGUUUCUCCGGUGUCUGGCAGACAGCGUCUCUAGCAGGUUAAUAUUUGAGGUGAUAUGAGCCUGUGGACAGACAGCUGUGCUCUGCCCCCCAUGCCCCUUAGCUCUGCCAGGGUGUAGUACUUCAUCGAUCUGCUGCUACUGAUUAUAAGUGGCAACCUCCUGCUAGGUCAGUGGAGCCUGUCUUCUUUUUUUUUUGUUUUUGGUGGCCUGAUCUGAAUAUACAGCCCCUGCUGUUUUAUAACUGGACCUUUUCAUUGUUCUGCGCCUGUCCGGUUCUGCCUGCUCGAUCAAGGGUAACUUUUUUUUUUUUUUUAAAGCCUAAUCUAUCGUAUGUCUCCAGGCCACUUUACCGGGGCCCUGCCUUGACUCUUCCUUCUGGUUUGACUGAGGAAACAACCUCCUGUUGGGUAAAAUAUACCUUGAUAUUGCACUGCUCUUAUGUGAAUGAGCCACACCCUUUUUUCCUUAAAGGGCCUCUGCACUCAGGCUGCCAUAUGCUGCUCUGUCUCUGGCAGGCUGAGGGGGGUGGUGGGCAUAGUGUUGUAAGCCACCAAUUUCCGAAGUGCAGACUGGGAUGCCGGGGGGGAAAACGGGGGGCAGUGGCGCUGCUGCCACCAAGCGCUCUGAGACCAGCGAAGGGGCAACUCAGAGAGAGGAGGAGCAGGAAGAUGAUGGUGAUGAAGAUCUGCGAGACGGUGGAGUUCCUUUCUUUGUGAACCGAGGAGGGCUACCCAUUGAUGAGCCCACUUGGGAGAGAAUGUGGAGACACGUGGCCAAGAUCCACCCUGAGGGAGAAAUGGUGGCUCAAAGGAUUCGAGGAGCCACAGACCUACCCAAGAUUCCCAUACCGAGUGUGCCUGCGCUCCAACCGUCCACCCCCAUCCCUGAGCGUCUGGAAGCCAUACAGCGCUACAUCAAGGAGCUUCAGUACAAUCAUACUGGGACGCAGUUCUUUGAAAUUAAGAAGAGCAGACCUCUGACUGGGCUGAUGGACCUGGCCAAAGAAAUGACCAAAGAGGCCCUGCCAAUCAAAUGCCUGGAAGCUGUGAUCCUGGGAAUUUACCUCACCAACAACAUGCCCACACUGGAGCGUUUCCCCAUCAGCUUCAAAACUCACUUCUCAGGGAACUACUUCCGCCAUAUUGUGCUGGGGGUGAACUUUGGGGGUCGCUAUGGGGCACUGGGCAUCAGCCGGCGUGAGGAGCUCAUGUACAAGGCUCCCACCUUCCGCACACUGAGCGAGCUGAUCUUCAACUACGAGGAGGCAUACCACCGCUGCUGGCACGUCCUCAAAAAGGUGAAGCUGGGCCAUUGCGUGUCCCAUGAUCCACACAGUGUGGAGCAGAUUGAGUGGAAGCACUCCAUUCUGGAUGUGGAAAAGCUGGGCCGUGAGGACUUCCGCAAGGAGCUUGAGAGACAUGCACGGGACAUGAGGCUAAAGAUUGGCAAAGGAACAGGGCCACCAUCUCCCACCAAGGAUAGGAAGAAAGAUGUGUCCUCCCCACAGCGGGGCCAGUCCAGUCCACACCGCCGCAACAGCCGUGGGGAGAGGCGGCUGUCUGGUGAGAAGAAGCCUGCCGAAUCCAAAGCCAUGCCAGACCUCAAUGGGUAUCAAAUCCGGGUAUGAAGAGAGGCACACCUGGUGUGCCUGGCUCCAUCGACUCUUCACUGGCCACGCUUGAGACCAGGAUCCACUUGUAGCAAGCUCGACAUGGGGAAGGGGAAGUGGGAGUGGAGGGCUGAUCUUCCAAGGUACUUCUAUCAAGCCUAUCCCAGAGCUGUAUCCUGGGGGUCAGACAAGUCACCUGCCUGUCUUCUCGGGAAGAGCACUUUUUAAUUCAACAAAAAAAGUUUUUAAGAGAACAGAUCUGCCAGUUGAUGGGAAGGUGCUGCAGGAAGCUCGGGAAGCUCCUGCUGUGACGUGGUGAGGGGUUGAGCGAGUGAGCCAAGCAGAGCUCAGGCUUUGCAUGGAAUCCUUUGGGUUGACAAAGACGACAGGUGGGGCAUUUUAUCCACAGUGCCUUUUCCUCUUCUAUGCUGAAGGUCUCAAGCCAGCACAAAGCCCCUGGGCUUGAAGGAGGGGAAGGUAUCGGAAUGGAAAGGCCCCUGCCUCUGGUAGAGGAAGGAUUUUUGGUUUUGUAAUUUCUGUGUAUUUUGCUACUGUCACUCUUGUUGGGGAGGGAGGGAGUGAAAUGCACAAUCACCUUCUCCAUCCCCUGUGCCUGCAGGGAAGAGGAAUAAGCCCUGGAAUAAUUAAUACUUGCAUCACUAGUGAAAAUGCAACCUAUCAGUGGUGUUGAGGGGCUUAUAUGCAGUGAAUCCACCACUCUAACAUUCUGUCUGGUCUGCAGUGUAUCCCACUAUGGCUCAUUGACUCUAUGGGGGAUGAGUAUGUGUCUCCUUUCCUGUGAGGUGCUGUGGAUGCUUCCCUUCAUGGCAGGCUGUUCAGGAAAUGCCCAUGCUGUUGUAAUGUGGAAACAGGCUGCUGGACAGCUCUAUCUGUGAGGAUGGGUGCUUAGCUCGUACGAUAGUUGGAAACUGUGCCUCCCCUACUUCCUUCUCAGUGGUGGUCACUGGAAGCUGUGGGGAAAGCUUUGGCCACUGAGGUGCGAACUCCAUCAGGAAGCAAGUGACUCUGCACAUGAGUAGCCUUCACAAGCAUCUUUCUUUUCAGAAAGGAAAGAACUUCAAUUUUUCCUUACUGGGUUGUAGUGUUAGUCUCGUGGUGGUGGUGGUGAUGAGGCCUUCCCUCCCAUCCUGGCCACUUGCUUAACCCUGGAAUAUUCAAGGCAUUACCACAUCAAAUUCCCACUUUAGCUCUUGUGUUUAUGAAGCUACUAUUAUGACACCUUGCACUUCCCCCUUACAGAGUCUGGCUCCAUCUCACCCUUUGAGGAAGGGCUACUUUUCCUGGAUGCUCAGAGCCACAGUGGGAUUUUGGGAACCAGUCUUAAAACAGAAGGGUACAAGCUCCAGUGCAGUGCUCUGCUCAAGGGGUCAGUGUGCUGGCAAAUCCUUAAGCAAAAUAAGAUGGUGUUUUGUGGUCAUGUUGCCCUGUUCACCCCCACCCCUUGUCUACAUCCACAGCUGGCCAAUGCCUGCUGGAGUGCCUCUAAAAGCAAGGCAUACUGCCUCUAGGAACACACAGGGCACUGCCACAGCAAAUCCCAUGUGGUACCCCUGAGGCUGUUUUCAGGAAAUAAAUGCUAUUGGGGGUAGAGUGGGGAAAUGUUUCUCAGAUUGAAAUCAGGUGGGGUGCUGCAUUGUUGCUGUAGGGUAAUAACUCCCAACCCUUUCAUGCACUGGUCUACCACUCCAUGCUUCCUUCCCUUCAUCUAUGGAGGUUUUGGAGCAACCCAUGCUCAGGCUGGGCAAGAGGGGCGGAAAUAAAUGAGCUGUGCUGCCAUACCAAAUCCAACCCAGCGGCUCAUGCCCAAGUUAAACCUAGGGUAACAGCCCAAUCAAGAUUGAAAUGUCUGUGGGGAAUCACUGUUCCAGGGUAUCCCAUUUCUCCAAACUGUUCAGUCUGGCCCAUUUUGAUUGCAGAGGUCUGUCUGUCCUAGGAGCAGGGAGCAUAGCUGUGUGCCUGUCUUCCUCCGGUUUGUUUGACACAGUGUACUUAACAAUACUAAUUAUGUUACCUGACUAAAGCCUUGGCAGCCCACAAAUUUCCAUUCAAAGGAGAGGCACAGCUAAGCAGUCCACAUGCUGCAUGUCAGAACUGAGGAGCAUUGGCAGAUAUGUGUGUGGGGCCCAAAACUUGGCAUACCAGGGGUGCUGCAGCUCAUGGCAGAGUUGAUUCAGAGAGGGAGAUGGGAAGCAAGGGGUGAGUGGGUCAAGCCUGAGGCAUGUUGACAUAGAUGGGGCUGAUGAAAUGUUUAACAUUAGAUCCUGUUAUAUUACAAAAAGUGUCUAAAUAUUUAUGAAAUCUGGCUGUAUCCAAAUCAUGUUAAACAUUCCGUAUUCCCUCUUGCCUGAGUGCAUGUUGGAUGCAUGAUUCAGACUCUAACUAUAGUAGAUAACUGGGCUUUCUGUCAUAACAUGGGUGGCCACAGACUUUUUGAUAGUGUUGAAUGGGGCCUUACCUCAAGUAAUAUCUUCUAUCAGUUGAAGCAGCAUUAACCCUUAAAGCACCGCUCCAGAGGGAUCUAACUGACUCCUUACAGGUGCCUAAUCAUAACCUUUCACCACCAGUUAGUUAUUCUGUGCUUAUCACUGCAGUUUGUCAGUCCAGGCUCCUUUUUAGCUGUCUGUCCUUUCUGCAGCAUGGUGUGUGGCCAGAAGAAAGAUUGAAUAGGGAGGUAGCCAUAACUUGCUGUUUACCCAGAAUUACGUGGGUAAUCCUAAAGAAUUUAACACAAGUGACAGGUGCUAGUCUCCAGAACAUAAAUAAUGAAAUAGUGAUUGGAGGAGGAGGAGGACCUGAAUUGGCGUCUCCUACCUCUCUCUGCCCUAACUACUGGAGUCAUUCCCUCUCACUCUGCCCUGUGACUGUUUUGAUUAUUUAGUCACAGUGGAACAGCUUCAAGAGAAGAGAGUGAGGGAGCCCUAAAUCAGAAUAUUCCAUAGUGCAGUGAUUAGCGCAAUCCCCUGAGAAGGGGAGACCGUGUUCAAAUCUCUCCCCCCCCCCCCCGGGGAGGAGGUGGAAUUGAACCUGGAUCUCCCAGAUGAGUUCUCUAAUCACAUCCCAGAUGAGUGCUCUAAUCACAGAGCAGCUCCAGCUCUUGCCAUUUUGUGUGGAGCACGGCAGGUGCUUAACUCAUUUCCUCAAUAAAUGACUUGGGGCCUAAGCUGUCUGACCCCAGGCGGCUGGUUCCCGUUUGUGGAUCACUAAGCAGAGCUAGGUACCGAUCUCUGAGAGGGAUGAGGCUAACCACACACCUCUAGCUUAAGUGGCUCCCAGCCUAACACGUUGGCUCUUGUGGAUUGCAUUCUGGGGCCCCUAUUUCUCCCCAUUCAUUGUAUAGGAGCCUAGACGCCUAACUUGGCUUUAGAGUAGCAGCCGUGUUAGUCUGUAUUUGCAAAAAGAAAAGGAGUACUUGUGGCACCUUAGAGACUAACAAAUUUAU